AUGGACGCCCAAGCCUACCUAAUCAAACACGGCUGGUCCGGUCCCGGCAACCCAUUGAACCCAAACAAACGACCGGGCGCACACAGUGGACUAGGCCUCACCCGACCACUCCUUGUAUCGCGCAAAGCGAACAACCACGGCGUGGGCAAGAAGACAACAAAAGACCCGACGAACCAGUGGUGGCUGCGCGGCUUCGAAGAUGCACUGAAGGGUGUCGGGAAUGACAGUUUCGAAGCCAACUCAGCGCGCGAGAAUAACGCGCUGACGAGUGAGCUUUAUCGGCAUUUUGUGAGGGGGGAUGGGUUGGCUGGUACACUUGAGGGGAACGAUAAGAAAAAAGACGAGAGCGGAACGUCUACUUCUACCUCCAAGUCGAAGCGCAAGCGUGAGGAUGAGGAUGAUGGCGAUCGCACGACUAGGAAAUUGGCCAAGGCUACGCGGAAGGUGGAGAAGGCGGAGAGGAAGGAAGCGAGACGUGUGAAGAGGGCUGCAAAGGCUGAGAGGAAGGAGAAGAAGAUUGCUGGGAAGCUUGCGAAGAAGGCUUUGAAGGAGAAGAAGCGUACUGCUUCCGAGGAGGAUUAUCCCACCCCCACGUCGAUUGAUCAGGAGUCUGAUCAGACUGGGGCAGAGAACACGGAGACGGAUGAGGUUGCUGCGCGGCUAGAGAAGGCGGCGAAAAAUGAGAAGAAGGAGAGCAAGAAGGCUAAGAGCAUAGGAGGUGAUGGGGUCGUUGAAGACUCAAAAAAAAAGUCUAAAAAGGAGAAGAAGGACAAGAAGAAGGCUAAAGCCUGA